UACAACCUCUUCACUCCAGCCUCCCAAACAGACGACUUUCCCUCCAACAUUGCCGUCCGGUCGUACCCAAGAUGAAUUCCAUAAGGCACCGGGGACUUGCCAGAGGCUCCCAGAUAUGCAAGAGCCUUCAACAGCAGAACAGAUCCUUUUCAUCUACGAAAGCCGUACAGCGCAUUAUUACGAGUCAACCGCUUCGCGCAAAGGAAGCGUCCGGGGCGAUCAGCCAUAAAUACCCCGUCAUAGACCACGAAUAUGAUGCUGUAGUUGUUGGCGCUGGAGGUGCUGGUCUGCGGGCUGCAUUUGGUCUGGCCGAGGCGGGCUUUAAUACAGCAUGUGUUUCGAAGCUGUUUCCUACACGGUCACACACUGUGGCGGCGCAGGGAGGGAUCAACGCGGCUCUUGGAAACAUGCAUGAGGACGAUUGGCGAUGGCAUAUGUACGACACUGUGAAAGGCUCGGAUUGGCUUGGAGAUCAAGACGCUAUCCAUUACAUGACAAGAGAGGCUCCUCAAAGUGUUAUCGAACUCGAGAACUAUGGAUGUCCUUUCUCGAGAACGGACGAUGGUCGCAUUUAUCAACGAGCUUUUGGUGGUCAAUCCCAGAAGUAUGGAAAGGGUGGUCAGGCCUACAGAUGCUGUGCUGCGGCUGAUCGCACUGGACACGCCCUGCUUCACACUCUCUAUGGACAAUCUCUCCGCCACAACACCAAAUACUUCAUCGAAUUCUUCGCCACCGAUCUUAUUAUGGAGGAUGGUGUUUGCAAGGGUAUCCUAGCUUAUAACCAGGAAGACGGGACUUUGCACAGAUUCCUGGCUAAACACACAGUCCUUGCCACUGGUGGGUACGGACGUGCGUACUUCAGCUGUACAUCUGCCCACACUUGUACCGGAGAUGGCAUGGCCAUGGUCGCCCGCGCAGGUCUCCCCAAUCAGGACCUCGAAUUCGUACAGUUCCACCCCACCGGUAUCUACGGCGCUGGAUGUUUGAUCACCGAGGGCUCAAGAGGAGAAGGAGGUUAUCUUCUGAACUCAGAAGGAGAGCGCUUCAUGGAACGUUAUGCGCCAACUGCUAAGGAUCUUGCCAGUCGCGAUGUCGUAUCCCGCUCCAUGACUAUGGAGAUCCGCGAAGGUCGCGGUGUCGGCCCAGACAAGGACCACAUUUACUUGCAACUAAGUCAUUUGCCACCAGAGAUUCUUCAUGAACGUCUGCCAGGUAUCUCGGAAACUGCUUCGAUUUUCGCUGGUGUUGAUGUUCGCAAGCAACCGAUUCCCGUCCUACCCACCGUCCAUUAUAACAUGGGUGGUAUCCCAACCAAGUACACCGGAGAAGUUCUAACUGUAGACGAGUCCGGUAAGGAUCAGGUCGUUCCAGGUCUGUUUGCUUGCGGUGAAGCUGCCUGUGUCUCUGUCCACGGAGCGAAUCGUCUCGGAGCCAACUCACUUCUUGAUCUGAUCGUUUUCGGCCGUGCUGUAUCUCACACCAUUCGCGACAACUUCAGUCCUGGCGAGUCCGUCGGACCUGUGUCCGCGGACGCUGGUGCCGAUGGUAUCAGCGUAAUUGACCAGAUCCGUACUGCCGAUGGUCAUCUACCAACUGCUGAUAUUCGCUCUGAGAUGCAAAAGGUCAUGCAAACUGAUGUCAGCGUGUUCAGAACUCAAGAAUCUCUCGACGAAGGUGUCCGCAGAAUCCACGACGUUGACGCCAAGUUCAAGGACGUCGGCACCAAGGACCGCAGUAUGAUCUGGAACAGCGACCUUGUUGAGACGCUUGAACUAAGGAAUCUACUCACCUGUGCGGUGCAAACUGCUGAGAGUGCCGCCAACCGCAAGGAGAGCCGUGGCGCUCAUGCCCGCGAGGACUAUCCCGACCGUGAUGACGAGAACUGGAUGAAGCACACUCUUAGUUGGCAAAAGAAGCCGCACUCAAAGGUUGACUUGAGUUACAGAAGCGUGGUGGCGAACACCCUAGACGAGGCGGAGUGCAAGGCAGUUCCUCCGUUCAAGCGUACGUAUUAGAAAAACUGUUUUUAAGUCUACUUUUCAGGGUAGAGGUGCAUGUAUUAGGCAGCGGGUAACUUUGUACCUAUAUCGAGUUGAACAUAUUACAUUUCGAAUGCACGAUUCUCACUACAUGCAAC